AUGUACAGCAGAGACCAACACAAACGAAAAUUGAUGAUGGCCUCUUCGUCUUCUUCCUCCUCCACGUCGAAUGGUCAUGUAGGUGGCGAAAGCGAGAAAAUGUUUGGAUGUCCCUCGUGGGCGCAUCCUCCAGCAACCUCUUCAUCACUCGAGCAGCCUUCUCUGCAAAAUCAAGGCUUGUUUCAUCUGAUGACACAAUCUUCCUCUCAAACAUUCCGACCUGGUUUUCAACAGCAGCCUCCACAAUAUCCUCAUUAUUCCAAUAACAACAACAACAUGAACCCUAACUUUUCGAACAAUAAUAACAACUCUGCCGUGGUGAUCGUAUCGAGUGGUUUUGGCCAAUUUUCAGAAGAAGAACAAGAUGGAGUCAUGAUGAUGGACUCGGGAAUGGCUUUAUCCAAUCAUAAUCAUCACGACGAGGAUGAUUUCCAUCUGAAUCAUCGUUCCAACAUGAACCACAAUAAUGGUAAUAUAUCGGAAUUGGAUGAUCUCAACCACAUACUAAUGCAAUUCAAUAGUGAUUUUGCACAACAACAACGGCAACAAGAACAACAAGCAACCACUCUUUAUGAUUUUGUUGAACCACAACCACCACAAACAAUAGCAAUACCCAUCAUAGAUGAUGAACAAACUCAACUGGAACGAAUCAUGCACAUUCCACUCAAUGAUCAGCGUCAAUAUCAUCACUAUCAAUUUGAAGGAUGUGACUUUGCAUUGCCCUAUCGAUAUCAACCACUGUUGAGAAUGGUGCCUCCAUCAUCGUCAUCAUCAUCUCCGUGCUCCUCCUCAACAACAAUGACAGCAGACAACAUGCAAAAAGAAGUGGUGUUUCUGGGACGUGGAGCGUAUGGUCAAGUAAUUGCUUGCGCAGACUUGGAACAACAUGGACAAAUUGUCGCCAUAAAGAAAGUACCGAAAGUGUUUGACAAAGCAGCCUAUCGAAUGUUGAGAGAGGUUAAAAUAAUGAAACAUUUGCGAGGUCACCCAAAUAUUGUUACCUUAAUUGACAUUUUUAUUCCAGGUACCACACUUGGAGAAUUCAAUGAUUUGUAUAUCGUUUCGGAAUGCAUGAACGGAGGGGAUUUGGGACGUGUUAUGUCCAAUAUAUGUAAAUGCAAACAAAGCUUUUCUGUCGAAAAUAUUCGAGAUAUUAUGGGUCAACUUUUGAGUGCCAUGUUUUUCCUACAAAGUGCUGGAGUUCUCCAUAGAGACAUGAAACCAAGUAAUAUUUUGCUUAAUCAGAACUUUCAGCUCAAAUUGAGUGAUUUUGGAAUGAGUAGGAGUGAUGUUUCACAUCAACAAAUUACCAAUCCACAAAGUUUGGCAGUGGUGACAGAAAUUUAUAGACCACCUGAAGUAGUUCUCAAUUAUGACUUUCAAUCAUCGGCAAUCGAUUCUUGGUCCAUUGGAUGCAUAUUUGCUGAACUCUUGUACAUGCUCCCUCCACAACCAAAGAGAAGACCUCUCUUUGUGAUUUUAAAAGACAAUGAAAUUCGAGUACCUAAUCAUUACGAACAUCUGAACUUGAUGGCUUCACUUCUAGGUCGACCCAAUCCACAAGAUCUCAAAGGUAAUCCACAACAUGUACGAGAAUUAUUAAGGUUACUUGAAAAUUUCCCCACUCAAGGUUAUGACUUUUCACAAAUUUUCCCCACUGCUCCUUCGGAAGCGAUCGAUUUACUUAAGCGGUUCCUGACUUGGAAUCCUGAAACCCGAAUCUCCUUUGAGGAUGCCCUCAAUCAUCCCUUCAUUCGAUCAAGUCCCAUGAUCAACAGAAUUAGAGCCACCGAGAAGAUUACUUCACUCGAUGACGAUGCUUCCUUUAGCUCUGAAAAACUCAGAUUUCUCUUUUAUAAGGAAAUUAUUUCAUGGGUUGAUCAAAAUAAACAGCAGCAGACACAACACACUCAUCAUCGGUAUUGA